AUGCCCUCAUUACCAGCUUCUGAUGGGUUUCAAAAUCCAGUCCAGUCUUCAGGACUAAAUUCCAAGAUCUGUAAUCCUACAAAUCAUCAAUUACUUGAUCGUUCUGUCUCUGCCCCUGCUUCAAUUUGCUCAUCUGAAUCCAGCCUCGCAGAGUGCGUUGAUCCUAGAGCCAUCAAGACUUUGGACUUGUCACCCGAACACCAGACAGCCCCAGAAAAAGAGCAACCUCUGUCUAAAAGCACUAGUGAAAUUCCUGCUAAGUAUCGUGAGUUGUCUGAUUUGGCAGCUGAAGACAGCUCUUCCCCCUCCAGCACCCACCAUCUGGACAUGGAUCCAGGAAGACCUUCAGAAGAGCCAUGUUUCCCUCUAGCAUCAGCCUUGAAAGAGCUUCACAAACUCUUGGUUAUCAGUCGGAAAGGGGAAUGUAAGAUCCUUGCCUCGGAAGAAGUGUCCCGGCUGGAAAUGGUUCACAGAGAGUCAGGAGUACAGCAGGAGGGACUUCCUGAGGGUGAGCAGAAAGGCUUCGAUCCAGCCAGCCAGGACCAGAGCUGUUCCUUCCAUGAGGAGAGGUGUGAGGAUGGAAGAGCAGAGGGCAGCCAGCCUUGUGUUUCUGGCAGAGAGCACAUCAGCACUGGGCCCAGCGGCCACGGGCAGCCUGUGCUCAGGGAAGUUGCUUCAGAGAGGCAGAAGGGCUCAGGUGAGAGCGGUCUGGUCAUGGCAAGUUCUACAGUCACACCUGGCCAGCAGCAGAACCCUGAGCAGGGGCAGGGGUUGGCAGAAAGUUCUCGGAGUCCAACUAGUCCAACUUUAGAGCAAAACACACCCAUUUCCCUGACACCAGCUGUGGCUGAAGGUGCAGCUCAGGAUACCCAGGGCCUGUGCACAGGAGCCCCUGGGAGAAGCAGCAGUGCUGAUCCUGAGGAGCUGCCCCGGGGCCCACCAGCUGCCUACACCAGACUGACCACUGGAGCUUCUGCACCCCCUGCCUUCCCUGCGGCUGAUGUCGACCGCAUCCUUGGCGCUGGUUUUACCUCACGGGAAGCUCUUGAGGCCUUGGAACAAGCGGAUGGAAAUGCAGAUCUCGCUCUUCUCAUUUUGCUAGCCAAGAGUAUCGUCGUUCCCACGUAA